AUGAGGAUGAGUGUGUGCAGUGUGCCGGCAGUUCCCUGCUGCCGUCCCACACAGAUUGCACGGAGCUUCGCACCCCCCCUGCUUCUCCUCCUCCUGCUCCUGAGCAGCGGCAGCGGCAGCAGCAUCGGGGCCGUCCCCUCGUCCUUCCAGCUGGCCCCGGACACCCCGGCCCCUGCCGAGCCCACCCCGACCCAGGCCACACCUCGUCCGGACCCCUGCGAAGGCCGGCCCUGCCUCAACGGGGGCUUCUGCCUGGCCCUGCCGUCCGCCGGCGGGCCAGAGGACACCUGGGAGUACACCUGUACAUGCAGCCAAGGCUUCACCGGACGCAACUGUGAGUUUUUCACAGACCCGUGUGCCAGCAGCCCCUGUCUCCAUGGAAACUGCAGCCGGAGCGACGGCGGGGAGGAGGGGGAGCCGGCCUACACCUGUGAUUGCACCGAAGGCUACGAGGGGGAGAGGUGUGAUCAGAUCCUGUUGGACCCGCCGGCUGCCGACUGGGACCCCGCCACCCCCUCCGCUCCUGAGCUGGCUACCCCCGUCGCCUCCACCACCACGGCCGCCACUCAGCCGCCACAGCCAACCACCAUCCCCUCCACCACAACGCCGGCACCUCCCACCCUGCAGCCAUGGCAACCCAAACCUGGGCAGAGGCUGCUGGUGGUGCCGUGGGAGGCAGACAGGGUGACGGAGGGUCUGCACUGUGUCAGUCCUGAGCUGUGUGAGCUGACAUCGGGAACUUUGACUCUAUCUCUGGAGGUGCCUGAAGAGACCGCUGUAAAGGUGGUGGUGAAUGCCAGUGGAGCUCCAGUGCUGUGGCGUGUGAAUGAAGAGGGUUUCCUCCGUUCCUCCAUUUUGAACGGUACUACGAUGUGGUUCCUGCAGGCCCCUGAUGGACUGGUGGUGCCAGACCACUCCCUGCCCCUGGGACAGAACUACUUCCUCAGUGUGUUGCGCGUGGGCGCCCCCUCAGCCCCGGAGGUCACCCUGCGUCUCAACCUGACGGUGAAGGCCAGCAGCUGCGUGGAGCCCGGCAGCAGCUUCAGUGACCCUCAGUGCUCCGGGAAAGGCAAAUGUAUCACACAGCCCUCUGAGAGCACUUUCUUUUGCGAGUGUGAGGACGGCUACACUGGGAUCUUCUGCGAGGAAUUCGACGCCUGCCACCACAGACCCUGUCGCAACAACGGCACCUGCGGCGACGUUAGACAGGGGGGUGAAGGACGCAACUUCACAUGCACCUGCCCUCCAGGUUAUGAAGGGGAGCGCUGCCAGUUGCUGGUUGACCACUGCGUCUCUCAGCCCUGCAAGAAUGGAGCCACUUGUUUCAGCAGCCUGGCCGGGCCCAGGUGCUACUGUCCCGAAGGCUACCAGGGUGCUACAUGUGAGCAGAAGGUGGACCCGUGUGCUUCCAGCCCCUGUCACAAUAAUGGGACAUGCUACGCUCAGGGCCCUGGCCCCCUGGGGUUCGGCUGCAGUUGCACAGCAGGCUUCACUGGCCCUACAUGUGCCCAGCUGGUGGACUUCUGUGCCCUAAACCCCUGUGCCCAUGGGGUCUGCCGCAGCGUGGGUAACAGCUACAGGUGUCUGUGUGUCCCAGGCUACCAUGGCUUGUACUGUGAGGAGGAGUACAAUGAGUGUGUGUCCGCCCCCUGCCAGAACUACGCCACCUGCAGGGACCUCAUCAAUGCCUAUGAGUGUGUCUGCACACCACAGUUUGAAGGAAGACACUGUGAAAUCUACAAGGAUCCAUGCCUGAAGAUGCGCUGCCAGAAUGGAGGCCGCUGUGAGAGCGCAGGACUCAAUGUUUCCUGUGCCUGCCCACCUGGAUACCUGGGGGAGAAGUGUGAGGUCGACAUCAACGAGUGCGAGAGCAACCCUUGUCACCAUGGAGGCACCUGUAUCGACCAAUCAAAUGGCUUUACCUGUCACUGUCCACCUGGGUGGGUUGGGCCAAGCUGUGAGAUCCACCUGCAGUGGAAGCCAGCGCACACUGAGGACACCCUGACCAACAUGCCCCGCCACUCCCUCUAUAUCAUUAUCGGAGCACUGUGCGUGGCCUUUGUCCUCAUGCUCAUCAUCCUCAUUGUGGGCAUCUGCCGCAUCAGCCGCAUCGAGUACCAGGGCUCGUCGCGCCACGCCUACCAGGAGUUCUACAACUGCCGCAGCAUCGACAGCGAGUUCAGCAACGCCAUCGCCUCCAUCCGCCAUGCCAGAUUUGGCAAGAAGUCCAGGCCUGCCAUGUAUGACGCCACUCCCAUCGCCUAUGAAGACUACAGCCCUGAUGACAAGCCUUUGGUUACCCUCAUCAAGACAAAGGAUUUGUAA